AUGCCCUCUGAAAAGCCUCGUCCACCAUUAGCAUAAGGUAAAAAUGCAACCCAAAAUGAUGAGCGAAGGUACUAACGUAAUGAUUACUACUCCAGGUGGAACCCACGCAAGUGGCAAUCCACUCACGGCUGUGGCAGGGGCACGGAUUCUGGAGGCCCCAACCCCGCUCAAAGACGAACAAAAAUGUUCGUCAAAACAGAAAGCCGAGGAGGCAGGGAACCCUGCCCGAAAAUCUGGUAAACGCUUUGGUGCCGCUAGACGCGCAGCGCGCAAACAGCGGUUACUGGCUGCCGGAACUAGUCUUCAGGACAGCGGGACCCCCCGAUCGGUGCAAACGAAAUUCCUCCGGAGUCAGGGAAAAGACUCCGUAUACCGGAGGAACCAAAAAGCUCGAAAAGAGCUAAACACCAAGCUCUUUGCAAGGGACCACCAGAGCGGGACAGCAAUGGACCCUCAGGUUCCGGGACCAGCAAGAAGGGUAACGCCAGCAUAGAAAAGGACAAGAGGUCUUACGCAGAG